AUGGAUUUUGGGAAUUGUAGUUCAGAGCUCAAUGUGAACCAGCCAGGGGAGGUUUCAGCUAUUCCAGAAUUUGGCCACUCCACGCCUACACAGCUGCAGGACUCUGGACAAGAAGUGAUAGUCAAGGUGGAGGUGAGAAUGACUUCUGGGAACCUCAUAGCUGGGUCCCAGAAAUCUCUGACCUUCCAAGAUGUGGCCGUGGACUUCACCCAUGAAGAAUGGGGGCUGUUGGAACCUUCUCAGAAGGACCUUUUCAGGGAUGUGAUGCUGGAGAACUAUGAGAACUUUGUCUCCCUGGGUUUCCCCAGCCUUACAAGGAGGUCUCUGGCACAAAAAAGGCUGGGAACUCCUGAAAUAGCAGAAGGGGGGCAGGACCGGACCUUCAGGGACACAGGAGUGUGGUGGACGGGAUCCAGCAAGAUCUGGGAAGGAGUGACCGGGCAGGUGGGGCAGAAUCCUCUCUUUGGGACGAGCCUUCAUUACUGCGGUUCCCUCGCUGUAGUGCUUGGCGUGCGCAGGCGCAGUUCCCAUCAGGUUGGGGUUUGCCGCUCCUUUGCUGGCUCAGCGCCACCCGGGUUGCAGAAAUUGCUGACAUUCCAAGACGUGGCCGUGGACUUCACCCAGGAGGAAUGGGGGCUCUUGGAGCCAGCUCAGAAGGACCUGUUCAGGGACGUGAUGCUGGAGAACUAUGAGAACUUUGUGUCCCUGGGGCUUCCAGAUCCCAAAUCAGAUAUGAUCUCCCAGUUGGAGAGAAGAGAAACAACAGGGCUACCAGACAGAGAAGUCCCAGAAAGUUCUUCCCUAGAUUUUCUUCAUGAACAUAAUACAUUUGGAAGAAAAUGUAGACUGCGGUCAAUCCUUGUUCCACAACAGAGAGUUUCUACUGGAAAAGACCUCCAUAAUUAUGAUACACUUGGAAAAAGCUUCAAGAAGUUUUCAGACCUAAUUAAACAUAAUAAUAAAAAAACCUCCGUAAGGGAGAAACUUUGUAAAUAUACUAAACCUAAGAAAACUUUCAUUUACCAUUCAAAACAAAUUCAUUAUCAUAGAAUAUACACUCAAGAAAAAUACCCUAAACUUGAGAGAUUUAGCAAAGCUUCUAGGAGCAUUUUAUACCUUACUGUACAUCAAAGAAUUCAUGCUAAAGAGAAACCAUUUGAGUGUAAUAAAUGUGGCAAACCAUUCAGCAAUAAUCAAAACCUAUCUCGACAUCAAAGAAUUCAUACUGGAGAAAAACCAUUUGAAUGUAGCAAAUGUGGAAGAGCUUUCAGCAGUAACCAAUGCCUAAUUGAACAUCAAACAAUUCAUACUGGAGAGAAACCCUAUAAAUGUAAUGAAUGUGAGAAAGCCUUUAGCUGUAAAGGAAACCUUUAUGUACAUAAGAGAAUUCACAGUGGGGAGAAACCCUACAUAUGUAAUGAAUGUGGGAAAGCUUUUAACCAGCAGGGACACCUUAAAAUACAUAAGAUAAUUCAUACUGGAAAGAAGCCUUUUGGAUGUAAUAUAUGUGGGAAGGCUUUCAGCAACAAACAAUACCUGGGCCAACAUCAAAAAAUCCAUACUGGUGAGACUCCCUAUAAAUGUGAUGAAUGUGGGAAAACCUUCUGCCACAAUUCACACCUUAAUAGACAUAAGAUAAUUCAUACUAGAGAAAAGCCAUUUGAGUGUCAUGAAUGUGGGAAAAGUUUCAGGCAGAGCUCAUCCCUUAUGCAACAUCAAAGAAUUCAUACUGGGGAGAAACCUUACAGAUGUAAUGAGUGUGGGAAAGCCUUUAGGCAGAAGGGACAUCUUGAGACACAUACCAUGAUUCAUACAGGUGAGAAGCCCUUUGAAUGUCAUGAAUGUGGUAAAGCCUUCAGCAGUAAUAAUUAUCUUUUUCAACAUCAAAGAAUCCAUACUGGAGAGAAGCCCUAUAAAUGUAACGAAUGUGGCAAAGCUUUCUGCACUAAUUCACGCCUUAAAUCACAUAAGGUAAUUCAUCCUGGAGAGAGACCCUUUGAAUGUAAUGAAUGUGGGAAAGGUUUCCGGUUCAGCUCAGGUCUUACACAACAUAAGAGAAGUCAUACUGGAGAGAAACCUUAUAAAUGUAAUGAAUGUGGUAAAGGCUUCAAACAGAGCUCAUACCUUAUGCAACACGAGAGAAUCCAUACUGGAGAGAAACCCUAUGAAUGUAAUGAAUGUGGGAAAGCAUUUAGCAGGAAGGGAAAUCUUAAUACACAUAAGAGAAUUCAUACUGGGGUGAAACCAUAUUCAUGUAAGGAAUGUGGGAAAGCCUUCAGACAUAAGGGAAACCUUAAUACGCAUAAGAAAAUUUAUAUUGGAGAGAAAACUUUUGAAUGCAAUUAAGGUGGAAGAAACUAGUUAAAGGUUGAACUUGACAACAUGUGAAAAGAUUCAGAAUACACAGACAUCUGUUAGAUAUAAGGAAUUUGGGGAAACCAUUUGGUGAAACUCAACUUUUAAGAAACAUGAAAUUCAUACUAGCAGAAUCCCUAUGACUCACAAAUAUGAGAAAACCUUCAACUGGAAAGGAAACCUUAAAGCACAGCAGAAAACACUCUUUUUUUUUUUGUUUUGUUUUGUUUUGGUUUUGCAGGGCAGUGGGGGUUAAGUGACUUGCCCAAGGUCACACAGCUAGUAAGUGUCAAGUGUCUGAGGCCGGAUUUGAACUCAGGAACUCCUGAAUCCAGGGCCAGUGCUUUAUCCACUGCGCCACCUAGCCACCCCCAACACUCUUGAGAGAAAACUUUUGUUGUAAUGAAUGUGGGAAAGCUUUCAAAUGGUAUGGAAACAUUAGGGAACACAAUAUCAUCCAGGAAAGAAAUGUUUUAAUGUAAGCUUCAUGAGAAGGCAGAACUCAUUAUGUAUCAGAGUUUUCACACUGGUUGUAAUAAUUUAAUUUUGACAAAUGUGGGCAAACUUUCAAAGAGUAGAAACCUUAAAGACCAUAAAAUACUUUGUAUUGGAGAGAAACCCUUUGAAUAUAAUGAAUAUGGCAAAGCCUUUAGGAUGAGGCAAAUCUUUGCUAACAAUAAAGACAUCCUCAAAUGCAGAGAAUUAAAAAAAAUGUGUCCAGGAAUGUCUUCAGCAAAAAGAGAAAGAAAUUAGAGAACAUCAUGUUGUUAUGGGCCUGGGGCACCUCAGAAGUUUUCUGGGGGAACUCAAGGAACCUUCUCUAUGAGAAGCUAAACCAAUGGACAGACACACCUAAAGAAGCCAGUCUCCCAUACCCCUUGAGGAGAUAAUCCCAUUAGUCCUGACUGCUGCCUGAGUAUCACCAAGGGGACAGAGAUAACUCCAGAAGUCAUCUCAUUCAAGCCUUCACUCAAGCUUUCCCCACUCCCAAAGGGAACUUUCCAUUGUCAAGUGGUGAUCGCCACAUCUGUCAUCUAUAAAAGUUUUUGCCUUUCUCCUGUUCGAGGAGAUAAGUAUCUCAGAGAAUCAUAUGUCUCUGCUAUCUCUCCUUGAGAGAAGUCCAAGGACUUCUUUCUUGGUUUCC